GCGCAUGUCACUUGCGCACCACGACCACGUCGGUAGCGUCCGCCGACAUGGCAGGAGUUAACCGCAAAAAGUCUACGGUUUCUCCGUCUCCGUUGUGGGGAAAACUUUACACAGUCUGGCAGGACAAGCAUUUAAUCUUGUUUAAGACAGAGUAUACGUUGCUGGUCGUUUCAAUUUUGUGGUUGAUGGAGAUAGGAAUCAAUGUAUGGGUCAUACAAAAAGUAGCCUACACUGAGAUUGAUUGGAAAGCCUACAUGGAUGAGGUGGAGGGGGUGAUCAAUGGAACCUACGACUACACUCAGCUCAAAGGAGACACUGGCCCUUUGGUGUACCCAGCUGGAUUUGUCUACAUCUUCACAGCUCUGUACUACAUUACCAGCCAUGGGGUGAACAUCCGCCUGGGCCAGUACAUUUUUGCCGUUUUCUAUCUAAUCACAUUGCUGCUUGUCUUCAGGAUAUACCACCGUACAAAGAAGGUUCCCCCCUAUGUAUUCUUCUUUGUGUGCUGUGCCUCAUAUCGGAUCCACUCCAUCUUUGUGCUCCGUCUUUUUAAUGAUCCGGUGGCCAUGAUGCUGCUGUUUGCAGCUAUUAAUCUCUUCAUGGAUGGAUACUGGACGCUAGGCUGCGGCAUUUACAGUUUAGCAGUGUCUGUGAAGAUGAACGUCCUCCUUUUUGCACCCGGUUUACUUUUCCUUCUAUUGGGGGAGUUUGGUCUCAUCAAGACAAUCCCUAAACUUUCACUGUGUGCAGGAAUCCAGCUCUUGCUGGGCCUCCCUUUCCUCUUAGAGAAUCCAGCUGGUUACGUGAGCCGGGCCUUUGAUCUCGGUCGCCAGUUCAUGUUCAAGUGGACCGUCAACUGGCGCUUUCUGCCAGAGUGGUUUUUCUUGAACCGCUCUUUUCACUUGGUCCUACUGGCUGCUCACCUGCUCACACUGCUCCUCUUUGCUUUCUGCCGUUGGAAGAGGUCAGGAGAAAGCAUUGUUGAACUACUUAAAGAGCCAAACAAGAGGAAAACCCCUGCCCAGAAAAGUUCUGUGGAUCAGAUAGUGCUGAUUCUGUUCACCUCUAACUUCAUUGGCAUGUGCUUCAGCCGUUCAUUGCAUUACCAGUUUUACGUGUGGUACUUCCACACUCUGCCUUACCUGCUCUGGAGUGGAGGAGUCAAGAAGCUGGCCCACCUGCUCAGAGUCCUGAUCCUGGGUCUGAUCGAGCUUUCAUGGAACACGUAUCCCUCCACUAACAGCAGCUCAGCUGCCCUUCAUGUCUGCCAUCUCAUCAUCCUCCUGUGUCUGUGGCUGGCUCCACCUUUGUCCUCAGCCCCGUCACAGGAGCAUGAACACACGACUGCUAAGGACAAACGUCACUGAGCCACAGCGUGAUGGGACCAGGAACUGUAUGCAGCCUGAUCAGCUGCUGUACGGCCUCCAUCGUCCUCCUCUCUUUCAUCAUUGCAACAUCCGUACAGAGAGAGGUCCCUGUGGUAGACAGUUUCUAAGUGGAUAAAAGGAGCUAUAUGACACUUUUUAUCACUUCUAAAGUGACAGAAGCUAGCGUCUGGGUGAUGCAAUGGCUCGUAGUUGUCACUUGUGGUGAAGAGGUGAUGAGAAAUGAUGGAUUCUCAAAUUUUGUUUUUAGUGACAUAAUUGGAAAAGUGGUGCAUAGUACAAUGUGAAAAGACUUUGUUACAUGAUAUUCCUACUUAUUGAAAAUCUGCACUUAGUAAUUUAUCAGAAUUUCAGAUUCAGAAAUUGUACAAAGCUGUCAUUUAUUGGUGCACAAAGCAUCUUGUGUUUACAGAAAGAGGUAUAUUGAAGAAUUUUUACACAAAAAACUAGAAUUAAGUUCUGGAUUGGUAAAUUUACUACAAAUUCAGCACUACUUUCCUCUGGCCUAGUCUGACUAUUAGCAAACAUAGGCCAACAUAUUAUCCGUCCAUUUUUUUUUUCCUCUCACAAAUGUGUGAAACAAAGCUGUAUACAGUUAUAUCUGUCUGUUUUAAUCACUUCAUUCUCUGUAAUCAGUUCACAUCAUUUUAAUGUGAAGCAAGCGCGACACUGAAACAGCAAGACAUGUAGUUUUCUUCAUUUUUACAAAUUACAAGAAGUUAUAUUUUUGUAUUUCAUCAUAACUAUGUAAAUCAGAAGGCAUUUUAUUUUGUAUGUUCAGCUUUUAUUGGCUUAUCAAAUAUUCAUUCAGAUUUUACAGUUAUUAUAAUAAUGCAUUUAUCACAGUAAUGCAUUACAUUGGCUUCAAGCUAAAGUCUAAACUAUAAAAAGCUUAUUCAGAUGAUCAAGGCAUUCCUGUGUUUGCAUAAAGCGGAGUUAUAAUAAAAGGCCACUCGGUCUAGGUCAUGUAAAAUCAGAAUGGAUUUGGCACUGGAUUAUAUCAGUUAAUAAAAUACAGCAUUAACUUUUCCAUGUAAA